AUGUACAAGACAUCACAGGGGUCAAUUGCUACAAGAAAUUUGACAGAGCUAUAUCAACAAGUUAUUGAUUUUUCUGGAAUCUUCCAACAGACACAUCAAGCAUGGGGGAGGACUGUGGCCUGUCUUUUUCAGAUUGAGAAAGAUUAUACUGUGGCCUGUCUUGUUUCAACUGUGGCCUGUCUUGUUUCAGAGGACUGUGGCCUGUCUUGUUUCAGGGGACUGUGGCCUGCCUUGUUUCAGGGGACAUAUCAUAAAAUGAUUAAUCUCCAAUCAAUAUCUUCCAGCAUGUUAGUUGGAUUUCAGCACCCCAUGGGCCACUUUUAUGACAUCUUUGUGUUUCCUUUCUUCAGGAUAUUCUUCACUUUCCCCUUUCAAUCAUUCUUUUUAUUAGAAAAAUAUAAGGAAAGAUGCAGAGCUAUCCAAAUUUUAAUCAUCCUGUUUCUUUGCAAAAUGUCAAAUUUUGUUGAUACAUCCUCCAUAACUGUGAUUCCUCUAACAUCUCUAUGA